AUGGAAGUGUCAGGACCCUCCGUGGACAUUGUCCAUCCUGAAGUUCGCGCUUACAUCAACAGUCUCGUCUCAGCGCUGGGUGGUGUGAGUGCCGACGACGAUGGCCGAUACCAACUGGGAGACGACGCACUCGAGGUGCUCCGCGACAUCAAGCGAUGGAUCCGCUUCUACGACGAAAAGACGAACCGGAUGGACGUAGCCCGAUGCAUCUACGAGGCCAACCUCAUCGGGGGAGACCUGCUGCCCAUCCUGGCGACGUGGCCGGAGAACGACAUGGACAGCAAGUUCAAGUCCCGCCUCGCCCUGGCCUGCUACGAAGUCAUGGUGCCCCUGACGUGGCCUAUGGAGAGGGACAGGGAGCGCAUGACGGUCAACCACCACCGCCACAUGCCCGUGCUGGAGCUGGCUCAGGUGGCCUACAAGCAGGCCAUCAUCAACUACGACAGCGCGCGCGUGCUGCACACGGCCGUGCGCGUCGCCCUCCCUUCCAUGGCCCUGCCCAUCGGCGACCGCACCCAGCGCGACCAGGGCGUCAUCAAGCUGGUGCUCUUCUUCCUGCGCAACGUCGCCUCCAUCUCGCCCCCUCCCGGCGUCAAGUACGACGGUGACGAGACCCAGGUCUCCCGGUCCGCCACCAUCGACGCCUUCUCCUACCAGGACAUAUUCCACCUGCUCCUCACCCUGGCCUCCAACAUGGGCGACGAGUUCCGCAACGAGGAUGCCACCGUCAUGGAGAUCAUCUACCACCUCGUCAAGCGCGUCGACAUUGAACAGAUGUUCAUGGACGAGCAGCAGCUGCACAGGGCCAAGGCCGACGAGCUGUCCACCCUCAUGAAGAAGGAGGAGGCCAUGCUCAAGUCGCACAGCCGACCCUCGCGCCAUAACCGCUUCGGCACCAUGAUCUGGAUGAAGCGAGAAGACGGACGGAUGACCACCCUGACCGGCCAGGACGCCAUCUCCGACUCGGCAACCAGGCAGCGCAAGAUGGACAGCACAAAGACCUUCAAGCCCCCUCGCCGCGGCAAGAAGGAGGACAAGCUGGAUCGCGAGAUGGGCCCCGCCCCCAAGCUCGACUCGAGGGCCAACCAGCAGCUCCGCUCCUUUGUCGAGGACCUCCUCGACGCCGGCUUCAACCCGCUCUUCUCCCACGUGCGCAAGUCGAUUGACCGCGAGGCAUCCUACCUGAUGCAGUACCACCGUCGCCAGUUCUUCUACCUGGUGGCCUGGUUCCUCGAGGCGGAGCGCAUGAGGCGCAAGUCCAAGAAGGAAUCGAGACCGGCCGGCGGCGCCGAGGGGAGCGAGGAGGUGACGAGCUUCAACCUCGUAGCCGGCGUGCUGAACCAGGAAAUGUUCAUCACGCUCAACAAGGCCAUGCACGAGUCGUACGAGUACAAGGACUGGCACGAGCUCGCGGCCGUCAUGCGUUGCUUCACGCAGAUCCUCCUGACGGUCCAGGAGAUGAUGCAGUGCGGCAACGAGGACGACGAGGAGAUUGCCGAGAACACCCUCAGCCGCCUGUUCUACGAGGAGACGACGCACGACAUGCUCGCCAACAUCAUCAGGACCUACAAGGACCAAGGCUUCGACUACCUCGACGCCGCCACCGAGCUGCUGCACCACUUCCUGCGCAUCCUGGAGGCGUACUCGAAGCAGAAUGUCGACAUGCAGGUGCGGUCGCGCAAACGGACGCGCAGAAAGAAGAAGGCAGCCGGCAAGAAGAAGGCUGACGGGGAGGCAGGUGACGGCGACGACGACGGCGGCGCCGAGGAGGACGACGACGACGGCUCGGGGGAAGACGAUACAGCAGCAGCCGAGAAGGCGUCCAAGGAACGCAAGUUCGACUUCCACCGCUUCUCGAUGCGCUUCACCUCGCAGGGCGUGGUGGACACAUUCGUCACCUACGCAAAGUACUACCGCGACCUGAGCGAGCCGCAGCUCAAGCGGGCGCACCGCUUCUUCUACCGCCUCGCCUUCAAGCAGGACAUGAGCGUCAUGCUGUUCCGCGUCGACAUCAUCCACCUGCUACACAAGAUGAUCAAGGGACCCGAACCCCUGGACAGAUCGGCCAUGGGGAGCAGCGCCUUUCGCGAGUGGGAGGAGCUGGUCAAGCAGAUCCUGCGCAAGUGCACGCGCAAGAUUGAGGAGAGGCCCGAGCUCCUCGUCGAGAUGCUCUUCAGCAAGCUCCAGAGCACGGCCUACUUCCUCGAGUACGGCUACGAGAAGCAGACGGUGUCGGGCGGGAAAGCGCAGGCCAGACCGGCGGUCGAGCUCGAGUUCAAGCACACCGAGGAGCGGGACAGGCAGGUGGCCAUCGUCGUCGGUGCCCUGCUCGACAAGAGGCAGGCCGACGAGAUCCAGUGGGUCAAGAAAGUGCUGAGCGAUGCGGAGGUGGAGCGGAGGUCCUGGGAGGAUGCCGAGCGGGCUCGUCAACUAGAGGAGGCUGCGUUCGACGACGAAGACGACGCAGCCAAGGAGCCAGAGAUGCCCCCGGCCAUCACCGUCCGCGGUGAAGACGACGCCAGACAGACGGCCGUGUUCAGGAACCCCCACCUCCGCCUCCUCAUGACCCUGUCGGGCAUGCGACGCCAGGGCCACGCGUCCGAAGAGACACGGGAGACGCCCUGGACCAUCCCCGGCGACAUAUCAGCCGACCACUUGAAGGAUACGCAGCACUUCAUCAGCCAGGCAGAAUUCAACCCGCCGUCCUUCGACGACGGCAAAGCCGCAGACAGCCAGCUCCGUCGGAAGACGGCACCUCGCCCGCCGCGCAAGAAGGCGGCCUUUGACGACGACGGCGACGACGGUGACAGCGCCCACGGCAUCGACCUAGACGACUUCCUAGACGACGGAGCCCUCUUCCCCGCCGGCGGACCGACAGCACGCAGAGCCAUCGAUGCGCCCGCCAAGAAGAAGACGGCGGCCAGGAGGCGGCGCAAGCGCGACGACGACGGUGACGAAGGCGAGACCGAAGCCGCAGCGGAGGAGAGACGUCGCAAGAGGCUGGAGCGCGAGCGCGAAAAGGCCCGCAAGGUCAAGUCGGCGCUGUACGUCAGGGAGGGAGACGACGACUUCGACUCGGACGAGGACGAGGCCUUCUUCGCCAGGGAGAGGGAGAUCGCCAGCCGCGCCGAGAUGGCUGCUAAGUCGGCCACCGGUACCACCGUCACUCCUGUCCUUCCCUCGUCGUCCAAGACCAAGGUCAAUAAGAUUGUCGAUAGCGACGACGACGACGACGACGACGACGACGACGAUGGUGAUGAUGAUGAUCUGGUCCUUGCAAACCAGGCUGUUCUGAGUAGCGCGGAUACCGACGACGACGACGACGGUGGUGUUCGAAAGAGGAGACGUGUCAGUGUUGAGGAAGAGGAGGAGGAGGAGGAGGAACAAUCUGAUGUGGAUAUGACGGUGCCUGCAGAGAAAGACAGGGCUGAAGAAGGGGACGAUGAUGAUGGGGAGGACGAGGGGCCUGUUUUGGCGAGACGACCUAGGGUCAGGGGUGGGUUUGUGAUGGAUAGCGAUGAUGAAUGA